UCUCACUUCCUACCGUGUGCAGUCGAUUCUCCGCGCACUUCGCGACGGGCGAUAAGCGCAGAAAUUCAUUAAAAAUCCGCCAACCGUCUUAUACUCCUAAACUGUUUACAAAAUUAGUGAGGAACGUGAAAUUUUGAUUAUUGGAAAUAGUGAAGGAUGAACGAGGCAUCGAAAUCCGACGACGAGGAUUUCAAAUUGAAAGAACCAACAAACAAUUGUAAACCUAAAGAAACUGGGCGUGGAGUCCCUCUGAGAGUCUGCAAAUAUUGUGGUGCAAUAUGGAAAUCCAUUCAUUAUUGUCCAGCUGCCGAGAAAACCUGCAUUGGAUGUGGAAAAGUCGGCCAUUACGCGACAAUGUGUCGGUCCUCAAACCAAAAUGACAAGAACAGUAAUAAUUCUCAUUACGAUCACAGAAAUCCGAAAAAAAAAUAUCAGAAGAACAGGAAAGCUUGUCGGGCUGAUAAUAGAUCUGCUGGAACGAGUGAUUCUGAGUUCAAGGGGCCUCCGAGGACUGGCCCAUGGGCCCAGGGCCCCAGGACUCACCACAAUCGGAAUCAGCAUCAGCAGGACAACAGAGGGAACGAUAAGCCGUGGAACGUAACAUCCUCUGGACCACCUGGAAAUUCUAAUCAUCAGCUUCGCGAUAACUCCAGACCUUUUGGAGAUCGUGGGUCGAACUAUGGGGAGCAGGGAACGAGUACAUUCCAUGGGCCGAAACCGGAAAGAUCAAGAAAUUGUGGUGAUAACACGGAUUGUGAUAAUGAUGAUAACAAAUCGCGGGAGAAUCCUAGGGAUCAGUCACCCGGAGAAUCGGAAGGUGCAACAAAAUUUGAUCGAUCGAGUGACAGAGGAACAAAUUAUUCAGAAAAUUGGAGAGAUGAGAAAUAUGAGGACGUUCAGGAAUGUGGGGAAAACUUUGAUCAAUCGAGUUACAUAGGAAAAAGUCAUUCAGAAAAUUGGAGAGAUGAGAAAUAUGAGGACGUUCAGGAAUGUGGGGAAAACUUUGAUCAAUCGAGUUACAUAGGAAAAAAUCAUUCAGAAAAUUGGAGAGAUGAGAAAAAUGAGGACGUUCAGGAACGUGGGGAACGGUCUAGGGAUAAAGUUGGAGCAGAGAACAGCAGCUCGACGGAAGGUAAUGCUGAUAACUGUCAGAACGCGGGUGAACAAUCUCGAAAGGAUCCGAGAUACGUGUACAGGAAUUUUGCUGAGUAUCGGUACGAUCGGGUGAGGAAGAAUUUAAGGCCAGCGAAUUUUUCUAAUGAGAAUAAACAUCGGAAGGCCCCUGGUAAUAGAAAUAAAACGAAGUCGGACAAGACCUUUGAACUGGACCGGAUAUUGGCGCAAAUUCAAUAUGAACGUGGAAACUACGAAUGUGCUCUAUCAUAUUAUUCCAAACUUAUCGAAUUGUGCCCCACUGAUCCAAUCAACUUCAAUAAUCGUAGUGCUUGCUACAUAAAGUUGCAGCAGUUCGAUCGUGGUUACCUCGAUGCACUAAACGUUAUUCAAAGGGAUCCUUCAUCCGUCACGGCAUACACACAGCUGAUUACGUGUUCUAUGGCUCUGGGUACCCGGAUGUCUGCAGAAAUCCAUCUACACCAAUUAUCGGAAAUCAAUCCAAAUCUUGACAUCAUAUCUACCGAACGUACCAGACUGAAGCAACUAAAGAGACAUUUGCAGAAGGAGGCGAUCGCCAUCACAAAGAAAGAUUAUAAAAUGGCCCUCAAUAGUAUCAAUUACUGUCUGGGCAUCAGUCCCUUUUGUUCGUCCUUCAAAGUAAAAAAGGCGGAAUAUUUGGCAUUGCUCAAUCGUCACGAAGAAGCUAAAAAGAUACUCGACGAGAUACUACAGCAGGAUUCCAUCAAUGUUGAUGCACAAUACAUUCUUGGACUUCGGAUAUAUUAUACUAAUCUCGAGGAAGCUGUGGCCUACUUCAAAAAGGUUCUCCAACUUGAUCCGGAUCACACAAAAUCUCAUAAAAUCGUUAAGGCAAUCAAACUAUACAGCUUCCUGCUAUUAAUAGGAAAUGCACAAUUGAAAUGCAGCAAUUUUGAAGGCGCCCAUGUUGCCUACGUAUUAGCCCUCUCUAUAGAUCCUAACAAUCCACUCAUGAAAAAGAACCUGUUCUACAACAUGGGCCAGGCAUCCUUUAACCUCAAGAAUUAUGAAAGAGCUAUUAAGGAAUACUCACAGGCCAUAGAUAUCGAUUCAACUGACGUGCGAUAUCUGAAACAAAGAGGACAUUGUUACAUGGAAAUGAAAGAAUAUGAAGAAGCUAUUGCUGAUUUUUCCAGAGUCUGUAAUCUGGAGCCUGGAGAUGAGUGUAACAAAUUGAUUCUAGAGGCUGAGAGGUUGUUGGCACAGGUGAAGAAGGAUCCAUAUAAGCUUUUGGGAGUGAGUAUGGAUCCAUCGCUUGAGGAGAUUAGACAAGCGUACAGGGCGAAAGCGAUGAUACACCAUCCUGAUCGCCAUGUGAAUGACACUGAACAGCAGCAGAAAAAACACGAGAGGAUAUUUAAAGAUAUUUCAAACGCUUAUAAAGAGCUGGAAGCCUCGUGCAAAAGGAAAUUGAUAUAAUAUAUCGUAUAUAAUAUAUAAUGUGUGAUAUACAAUAUAUAGUAUAUGGAGAAUUUUGAUGGAAAACUUUGGAAAUUGGAGAUCUGAGCACUUGGUCGAGUGAUAGUCGAUGACGGUUCGAUUGCUCGAUGAUUCAUUGAAUAAGAAUCGAUAGUCGUGGGCCAUUCGAUUAUCUGACGAUUGAUCAAUGAUGAUUUGUAACAUCCGUCUAAAAAUAGACAUUUUGAAUAUUUGUCCUGGUAUCAACAUUUGGAAAUCGGGUGUCCUACGUUAGGUUAUUUGUGUUAAGAUUCAUAAUGGUCAGCUGCAUAUGAGUGUACUAUCUAUACCAAGUCAUCUUUUGAAAUUUAUCUGGUUAUCAAAACCUAGGAAUCAUGCUCUCCAUGUUGCAUUGUUUACUUUGGGACACGUAAGGACCUACUGCAUAUGAGCCAACUAACUAAUCAUUUUUCAGUCGAAAUAUCAGAGGAAACUCGUAGGCAGACUGUGGACUCGAAUAGGGUCUUUAUCCCAUUAAAUAUAUAUCCAUCCACGCUCUAUAUUUUCUUUUGGUUCCUUGAUAAUAAGUUUCGUUUUAAUUCAUAUUUAAGACUAAAUAAAUGGGAAGAUUAAGUUUCUUCUCUUCCCAAGCUCUUGAUGGAAUUUACCUCGUAACAGGAAGUGAUAAAAACCUUGUUGAUAAAAUUCCUUUAUUUUAGUUUGUUUUUCAAUGUUCAAUUUAGUAUUUAAAAUUGUGGAACGAGAAAAUGGGACCUCCCGAAACAAUUCUCAUUAGGACAAUGGGGUAGGAAAAUUCCGUCCACAUUUUCAAGAUCUUUUGUGGAGGGAUCGGAGUUAACCCUGAAGCAUCGAGACUAGAGUACGAAGUAUGAAAAAUCGGGUUUCAAGGUUAGUAACCAUUGGACCCCUAAUUUUCUUCAUAUCUAAGGACACACUCUCAGGCUGAAGAUAUAAAAUCACGUCCCAGUGUAUUUCCUCCUCAGUUAAGUUCAGUUAAGUUAAGCUUUGAGAUCAGUUCUGUAUUCCGUGGCAAGUCCCCAGUUAUUCCUGAACUCCUCAAGAAAUAAUUGUAAAACUUCAGUAUUAAAAUUAUCAGUGUGGUAAAUUCUUGUGUUUUAGAAAAUUCUUUCUGUACACUGUCUUGCGUGACAGUCUUUAUACUUCAAGAUCCAGAGUUAAAUCCGAAUAAUUGUAACGGAUUUCAACUAAACUGUAAGUGAAAAAAUCUUUGAUUUCUUUAUAUUAAAUAUAGACUCUCCAGAGUCAUUGUGUUAUUAGCAA